AUGCUUUUCAAACGUUUCCUUUCUAUCACCCCAAUUACAUCACAGGCAGCAGCAACAGCUAUUAAACCAAAAAGACCUCCAACGGCCUUCUCGUACUAUUUCAAACAAAAUGUCAAACAAAUAUGCGAAGCGAACAACGUCAAGACUGUUGAUGCUAUGAAGAUUGCUGGUGAGAAAUGGAGAAGCUUCUCUGAAAGCGAGAAACAAAAGUACUUUGACGAGGUGAAGCCACUUCUUGAGAAUUACCAAGCACAGCUAAAAGAAUUUGAAAAGAACUUGCCUCCAAAGAGACCAGCAACUUCUUUCGGUUUGUAUUUGAAAGAAGUUUCUCCAGAUAGAAGAGCCCAAAACCCUGGUUUGAACCAGGUUGAAAUAAUGAAGUUGGUCAGCAACGAAUGGAAGAAUAUGGACGAGUCGCUCAAGAAUAAGUACAGAGAGCAAUUCGCCGAGCAACUGGCUGUUUACAACAAAGCGGUCGAGAAGUUUAAAAAAUCAGCCUAA